AUGCUACUUUUACCAUCAUCGUUAUAGGGUUAUUAGUACUAGGAGUAUUACUGUUACUACAUUAGUGUCGUUAUUAUACUUACACCAUGUUAUUAUUACUGUUAUUAUUAUUGUAUACCAUACUAUUGCAUAUGGCAGUCUGUCUGGAUCGUUUCUAGAAUCUGUACAUUAGGCGUUAUCGUAGUAUAUCUGGACAAUUUAUUUCUUCAACGUGUUUUUUUUUUUUUUUUUUGUUUCACAUCUUUGUCAAUUCUACGUAUCUUCCUACGACUAGCGUUUCGGAAGUAACCCCAUCAUUCGAUAUACGUGUAUGUAUAUAGCCGCGUAUGUAUUCACGUGGAUUAAAGCGGGACCAUGUCGGAGAUUCUCUACGAAGUUCCACUUAAUCAAUUAGACAGCGAGGGAUCCUUUGCCACGGUUGUUCUCGUUGUCUCAUAUUUUGUUGAUUCGAAGUAUACAAACUACACGAUGCGAUAUAUUUAUGCCGGUAAAGAAUCUCCGGGCAUUCUGUAAUUCGUGAAUAAUUUUCAACUAUUUUUAUUUUAUUUUAUUUUAUUUUUUUCUCAAAUAUUUUUUCAUUAUUUCUCUCAUACAUACUAUACAUUCUUGGCUUUCUCUACGCAUGCCCUUUCGCAUUUAUAUGAUCCGCAUAAAUUAUUCAUCAAUUGGAUAUACCCGUGUCAAUCCUGACUCUCAUCGGCUCGUCGAAGAAUUAAUUAGAGAAACGAGAGUAAAAAAGAGAACGAAAAUUCGUACGUUCGGCUUUUUUUUUUUUUUGAUUAUACGGUAGACGCUAGGUGGAUGGAUUUUUUUUUCAAUCUCUCUCAUCGGAUAUAUUUUCAACGGUAUAAUUUGAUUAUGUGUAUAAAAUUAUGAAUUGACGAAAGAAAAAGUAAACGUUUUACUUGGUCUCUACGAAAAUGGUCGUGACUCAGGGAAUGAUAACAUAUGUAAUUAUUUAUAUACACGUGUAUAUAUAUUUAUCUAUUCUUGACUCGAUAGUUGUAUGUAAUUUGUGUUAUUCGGUCAAAGACGGAUACGUUGCCCUGUUACUCUGUGAAAUUCUUUGAUGUGAAACGUAUGAGUAUUCGUUGAUCCGAUGAUUUUUAUCGACAGAUUACGGAGCUUACAAUUAGCUGUAGCAAUGACUUGUCAAAUUUUUAUCAGCGUUCCAGGGCUACGGUCUUCGAUCGACCAUCUAUACGAUGUUGUAAGAUAAUUUUUCCACCACUAAUUUUCUAUUGUUAUUUUCAGUAACCUGAUGUAGUCUCUUUACCUAAUCACACUUGUAUGUGUAUGUAUUUGUACAUACAUAUAUAUAUAUGUAUAUGUAAUUACUAUUGACACAUUAUUCACACCUCACCCUCAUCGAUCCUUUUUUCACAUUUUUAUUGGCAUGCCAAAAUCAAUUUUCGUUCCAAAUUCCUACACUUACAAUGAGAAAAAAAACAAAAAACAAAGAGAAGAGAAACAAAUUUUUUAACGGAUGUAAAAUCACGUCGUACGGAAUAAUGGUACCUCGCGAAAUGAUUUUUUUUUUUUUUCUUUACCCUCUUCUUAUUCGGGUACCAUCGUCGGUGAUCGCGAUGCGAAAAUUUAUUUAUAUACCUAUCUCAUGCCGUUCUCUCGCGCGACAAGCCUAUAAAUAUUUAUUCUUUCCCAUCGUUUUAUCGCGUACUAGUAUUAUAAUAUUGUAUGUACUUGAUACGCGCCAACCUAUUUUCGAGGUGUUCGUUGCAACGUUUAUUUCAAUCGCUUCGAGAGAUCGUCGAUAAUCUAUAGAUUCGUAACACACAUACGUUCUGAGAAAAAUAUUUGCAGCCAAAAAUUUCGCAUUCAAUUUCUAAGAGACAAUUUUUAUUUUAAUCCCGCCGUGAAAAAUACCAGCCGAAUGAUCUGCAGGAACUGAUUUUCCUUUUUUGACGUACGGUUUUUAUUUUAUCUUUUUUUUUUUGUGGAAAAAUACUAUUCGAUCACUUGAGCACCUCAUACAUUAUACCAAUAUACACAUUCUAAACACAGGGGUUUGUGAUAUAUUUGAUGACUUGAUAAGAUAGAUCAUAUUCGCGCGUAUCCUCGGUACGCACGUACGCGUAUAUAUAUUUUUUUUUUAUAUGUACGCGUCAACAAUCUCCAUAGACAUACGGAGGGUACGCCCGAAUUUGUAAGAAAAGAAAAAAACAAAAAAAAAUGAAAAGAAAAUGAAAAUGAAAAAAAAAAAAGGAAAAGAAGAUUUUUAGCUAAUUUUAGCAGCUGUGCAAAUGUAACGAAUCAGUCAGUGAGUCAGUGAGUCAGUCAGUCAGUAAGUCAGUAAGUCAGUCAGUCAGUCAGUCAGUCACGCGGGGGAGUGUUGUGGGAUUGUUGGCAGGUGUUACGAUAAAACGAGGUUCUUCCCGGACAUGGAGUACUCGAUUUGGUGUAGUUCAUCGAGAGGUUACAACGGCCCAACGGGCCUGGGCGGGGAAGGUGCAUCUAUAGUGGUCUGCUGCAACGACGCUGACUUCUGCAACCGCAACCUCACGCCCUCUCUUCCCCCUUCGCCCUCUCAGACAAAAUCCUCCUCGACUCACGUCACUCGCACUCCUAUCAACGGAGGUCCACCCGACGACGAGAGCGGAGCAUGGCCGACGUGGAAAAUAGCGUUGACGAUCGCUUUGCCGAUCUGCGCGAUCUGCGCCCUCGUAAUGACGGUGUAUCACAUUCAAGUGACAAGAAAACGAGCGCCGCGUCAUUUCACCGAGGACUCUCUCGGUGCCCCGGAUCAGCCGAUCCUCAGCGCGGUCUCGAUCAGAGACAUGAUCGAGAUGACGACCAGCGGAAGCGGUUCCGUAGGUUUGCCGCUCCUGGUUCAGCGGAGCAUCGCGCGCCAGAUCCAGCUGGUGGAAACGAUCGGCAAGGGUCGAUUCGGCGAGGUCUGGCGCGGACGAUGGAGGGGCGAAAAUGUUGCCGUGAAAAUAUUCAGCUCGAGAGAGGAGAGAUCCUGGUUCAGAGAGGCUGAAAUAUACCAGACGGUGAUGCUCAGGCACGAUAACAUCCUGGGGUUCAUCGCAGCGGACAAUAAAGACAAUGGGACGUGGACGCAGCUGUGGCUGAUAACCGACUAUCAUGAAAAGGGUUCUCUGUUCGAUUACCUCAAUCGUUCGACCGUCGACACGAACGGUAUGAUACGAAUGGCUCUGUCGAUCGCGACCGGGCUCGCCCACCUCCACAUGGAGAUCGUCGGCACUCAGGGUAAACCGGCGAUCGCCCAUCGGGAUCUCAAGUCGAAAAAUGUCCUCGUCAAAACGAACGGCACCUGCGCCAUCGGUGACUUGGGACUCGCCGUCAGGCACGACGUGAUCACCGACACCGUCGACAUUCAACUCAACAACAGGGUCGGGACGAAGCGUUACAUGGCGCCGGAAAUCCUCGAGGAGACGAUAAACAUGAAUCACUUCGAUUCCUUCAAAAGGGCGGACGUUUAUGCGCUGGGACUGAUUCUAUGGGAGAUCGCUAGACGUUGCAACGUGGGCGGCAUGCACGACGAGUACCAACUUCCGUUCUACGACUUGGUACCGUCCGACCCCACCAUCGAAGAAAUGCGGAAGGUCGUCUGCGGCGACAAACAGAGACCCUCGAUUCCCACGAGGUGGCAGUCAAUCGAGGCGCUACGGGUGAUGACGAAGGUGAUGAAGGAAUGUUGGUACCACAACGCUGCAGCUAGGCUCACAGCCCUCAGGAUUAAAAAGUCAAUAGCAAGCUACUGCACGAUCGAGGACAUAAAGUAGAUGAAAUAAACAAUCGUGACUGAAGUACCUUUAUCAUUUAAAAAAAAAAAAAAAAGAAAUGACUGCGAUGUGACGACGAUGAAAAAAGAACAUUGAGAAUCAAUCUUUUUUUUUCACAUGACCUCUUUGAUUUGGGUUUUGUUUUUUUGUUUUUGUAUUUAAAACGGUGUGAUGAUUUUUAAACGUGUUGAUGUGAACUCUUCGUUGAGUUUGGUGUCAAUUUUUCAAAAGAUGUACAUCAUCCUGAGAAAGAAGAAAGAAAAAAAAAAAUAAAUAAAUUAAUAAAAUAAAUCGGACAAUCCAAAUGAGGGGUGCGGCGCAAUGACCGUAGGAAAUGUGGAACCGCGCUCACGACUAUCGAGUGAAAAAUUGAAAGACUUUCAGGAGUGGGACGGAGUGGAUGAAAAAAUAAGCAGAGGAGUAUACCAUACGAUGUGUCUGCGAUCGCGAACGAUGUCACGUGUUAUUACAAGUUCCUCGAGGUUUUUUUUCAGAUGAAAAAUCGCCGAGUCUGGAGCAAAUCGAGUCGAGGAACUGCGCUAACGUCACACGUGGACACCGUCGAGACGUUCACAGACACGGGAUAAUUAAAUUUGAAGGGUGCUAAUUUGGUCGAAAGUUUAACCAAAAAAAAAAAAAAAUACAAAAUACAAAACAAAUUAAAUUGUAUCGUGAAAGACAUGAUAUACGUAACGGGGAGGGAAAGAGUAAAGAGAGAGAGAAAGGAACAAGAUUGAAAAUAUAAAAAUUGUAUAUUUUUCGAAUAUCAUUUUAUUGUCGGUGGAAUAAUGGCGAUAUUAAAAAUUAAGUAUUAGGUCGAAUAAAGAUAUAAGUUUUCUUUGCCAAAGAGGACGAGAAAUGGGGAGUUUCGGAUCGAUGAAAUUGAAAUUAUUGUAUUUCGCGUGCAGUUUUAUACUCAUUAGGACGUGUAUGGUAUAUCUCUUGAAUGAUUCACAUGAUAAUUCAUUAAUUUUAAAUAACAAAGUAACGUUAACCACGACAGAUAACAACGGUUGCCGACCCCAGGAUAUGGGAAGAAUAAUAAGUGAAAAACUAUAAAAAUAAAAAUAGAUAAAUAAAAUACAACAAAAACCAAUAAACAAUUAAUUAAACCGCAGUCUGACGUAUAAUACCGACUAAAAAUCGGCGUUUUACGUACGUGUACAUAGGGGCGAAGGAGGGGGAGAGGUGUUUUUUUCGAAAGAGAAAUAAAAAAAGAGAAGAAUAAUCAACAGGGGAUGAGAAAGAUGCGAGACCGAAGUCAUUCCUAUAUAAACAAAAAAAAGAAAACAAAAAACAUAGGUAUAAUAUAUGCAAAUCACACAAAUAGAAUGAACACAGAAGUAUCUUAAACAAUGAAUGAAUAAUCUUCGUCAUCCAAUAGUCAACGUAAAAGUCUGCAGUAUCAGAAUGGAACCUAAUGAAAAAAGUACUGGAAAAAAGUAACACAUAAUCAUAUUUUUGUAUCGUUCAUUUUUCUGCCUCCUUUUUAAUAUAACUUUUUUUUUUUUUUUUUUUCUAUCGUUCAGUUUUUAUAUCUUCCAACAUACUUUUUCUACACUCUCAAUUAAAAGCGGGGCCCAGCGAAUUUCUUGACUCCAAUUUUUCCUCUGGACCAGAAACGUAGGAUACAAACUGUGUAAAGUACGUACAUUGCGUGAUCGAUAAUUGAUAUACGUACGUAAUUUUGUUUAAUACAUUCCUAGAAUACGUAAAUAAUAGGUUAAUUUCAUAAAACAAUGGUGAUAGUCGUGUUAUCACUGCAUAGAUACAUAUAUAUGAUAUACAUAAACGUUUUGUCGAUCGGUGUUAUUUUAUUUAUUUUAUUUUUCGAAUUUAAGGGCGAACGCCUUUUCACCGAUAACCCCCGAGAGAUUUUUUACCACCAGUACAAUUUUGUGCCAAUACUUUGUCGAAAGUUAACUAAAGCAGAUACUAUAAUGAUAAAAUUUCGCGUCAGUAAGCGCGAACGUGUUUUCUAUUCAAUUUAGAAUAACGAGACAUCAUUGAUAAGUUUUUUUUUUUUAAUUAAAAAUUGGCUGGGCCCCCUGAACGAACAGUCUGAUUUCCGUAUCUGAUGAUAUAGGCUGCCAACUACAUAGUUUCAUAUCCUGAAAAUUUUGCUCCAUAAACCUGGUACAAAAAAAAAAAAAUAAAUAAAAAAGAAGAAAAAACGAAAAUGUUACAAAUCUUGCUUCAGGAAUUGUGAGGAUGUUCAGUUUCUCUUUGAUCGUUUUUUAUUUUUCAUUACUUAUUUUUUUGCUGCGGCCAACUGUUUGUGGGUAGUUCAUAUCUAUAGUUUUGGCACUAGGCUCGAAGAAAAAAUGAAAAAAUACCUAUCGGAAUACGAUAUGAAGAAAAAAAAUUUUAAAAUUGAUAAAAAAAAACAUAUAUAAAUGAAUGAAAUCUGUUUAUAUGUAUUAGUAAUAUCGGUACCCAACUUGUGUUUCAACAAAUUCAUCUCCUCAAAAGUUACAAGGUUUUUUUUCCCGGAUAUCACAUUUUCAAAGAAUUUGCA